AUGGCUACGAAUGCGCUAUUUAAAUCAGCCAAGUUAUCUUUUUGCACCCUACAAUAUGUGAAGAAAGCUCUACCACAAGUACGCACAUUUACAUGCAAGCUGAACGAACAGCAGCAGGCCAUCCAAGAGUUAGCAAGGGACUUUGCCAAUGAGCAACUUAAGCCCAAUGCUGCUAAAUUAGACUUGGAAGGGAGAUUUCCAUUUGACCAUAUCAGAAGCCUGUCCCGUCUGGGCUUGAUGGGGGCGGCAGUGGACGAGGAGUACGGGGGCCGCGGCCUGGACUACCUGUCCCUGGCCGUGGCAGUUGAGGAGCUGUCUCGCGGCUGCGCCAGCACCGGCAUGAUCAUGUGCAUCCACAACUUCCUCUACGCCAACCUGGUCAACGAGAAGGGCACGCCGGAGCAGAAGGAGGUCUUUCUGCGCGACUUCACCAGGGGCUCCAUCGGAUGCUUCGCGCUGAGCGAACCUGAUGCGGGCAGCGACGUCGCAAACAUAAAGACUAGGGCGACACCUGACGGCGACUACUGGGUGCUCAACGGAAAGAAAAGUUGGCUGUCCUCUGCGAUAGAGGGCUCGGCAGUAGCUGUCUUCGCCACAUUCGACCCAACGUUGCGUCACAAAGGACUGGCUUGUUUCCUGGUACCAAUGGAUACUGAAGGAGUGUUUAGAGGGAAAAAAGAGCCUCUUAUGGGUGUGAGGGCCGUCACCGCCUGCGACCUCACCCUCGAGGAGGUGAGGAUCCCGCGCAGCUACAUGCUGGGCCACCAGGGCGAGGGAUUCAGGAUAGCGAUGGAGCAGCUGGACCAAGGCAGGAUCGGCAUCGCCGCCCACGCCGUCGGUAUUGCUCAAGCUGCGUUGGACACGGCCAUAAACUACGCUAAGGAGCGCGAGGCUUUCGGUAAGAACCUAACGAGGCUGCCAUCAGUUAAGGACCGGCUGACGGACAUGUGCAUAAUGGUCGAGUCGGCGCGCCUGCUCACGUACCGCGCCGCCACCGAGCUGAGCACGAAGAACAGCUCCAUGGCGAAGUACGUGGCGGGGAGGAGCGCCGCCGCGGUGGCCGACCACUGCGUCCAGAUCCUAGGCGGCCGCGGACUCUCCACCAACUACGACGCCGAGCGCCACUACAGGGACGCGAGAGGAACCCAAAUAUAUGGCGGUGUUACCGACAUCCAGAAACGUCUAGUGGGACACUUCUUACUCAAGGAGCAUGACGCCCUA